GCGCGGUGGCAAAAUUUUGAAUUUGAGUUCCGCUGCCUGCGCACACUGACGCCGAGUGCAGGAAAUAUCCGUGCUUUCUGACGCGUCAGGAAGAAGGUCGCCAUAGCCGGCGAGCCGGUGCGUGAGCUGCGCGCGAAGUUCCAGUUCAGUGGGCGCUAUGGAAGACGACAUCGGUGAUGCACCUGGGGCGUGGAGGCUGACGCCAAGGGAGAGGUCGCUGCUAGGGACGACGUUGCUCGCAGUUGCACGUCACAUGCAGACGGUGAACGACGUGGGGCAGGCAAGCGGACGACAGACGAGCAGACGAGAGGCCGCCAUAGCCCAGGCUUUGAUGGACGUGCACUCCUCGCCAGGCCUGUGGGAUGCGCCGUUCUUGUUGUCGAAUGCAAUCGUGGCGGGUGUCAUGCCGAGGGAGACGCCAAGGUGGUGGGUGAAAAGAAGGACGGGUGGAACUUGGAGGGACCUCUCCAUCGCCAACGAUGCGAGCGAGGACUACUUCCAUGACAAACUGCGGAUGACGAGGACGGUGUUCAACGACAUCGUCGCCGCUUGCAGUCCUUUCAUUCAACGCAGACUGACUCACUAUCGGGAGCCAUUGCAGCCCGACCAUAUCGUGGCUUACGCGUUGUACCGAUGGGCAUCAGGAGAGACUUUUGAGAGCAGCACGUCGUCGUUCGGCAUGGGGAAGUCAUCAGGCAUCAAGGCUGUGGAUCAUGUGACGAAAGCUAUACUGGCUGCGUAUCCGGAGAAGAUAGCGUUUCCUACCGGCCGUCGUCUCCUACAGGUCGUCCGAGCAUUCGGCGACAAAGGUUUCCCUAACUGCUUGGGUGCCAUCGACUGCACCCAUAUUUACGUCGACAAGCCUCCAAACGCACCGUCCGAAAACUACUUUGAUCGUAAGCAACAAUUUUCAAUCGUGGUGCAGGUCGUCGUCGACCUUGACAUGCGUGUCGUCGACGUGUUCGUCGGUUAUCCUGGAUGUGUCCACGAUGCCCGCGUGCUGCGCAACUCUUCACUACUUAGGCGAGCAGAGGUGGGCGACAUCUUCACGGCGGACCCCAUCAUCCUCCGGGGGGGGGUAAGGACGACAGGAUACCUGCUGGGGGACAAUGGUUACGCACCCCGCACUUGGAUUGUGGUUCCAUAUGGAGGGUCGGAGCAGACGAGGGACAUCACUCUUUUCGACAUGCGGCAGAAGACAACGAGAGGGGUAGUGGAAAGAGCAUUCGGGCGACUUAAGGGGAUGUGGAGGUUAUUCCUUCGUCAUCACAAGACGAAUAUGAAUAACCUCCCGCAGCAAUUCACUGCCGUGUGUAUCAUCCACAAUUUGCUGCUGGAGGCUGGGGUCCCGUUCGGCGAGCGUCUUUUGCUUGACCCGGUUGACCGCGACCGGGAAGGGAACACUGUCCCCAUAAACCUUGGCUUGCAAGAUUUGUCGCAGCCAGUCUCCCAAGCCGACGCGACGGAGGCUGCCCUCGCUCUGCGAGAUGCUCUGCGCAUGCAAAUACGAUAGUUGGUUUGCAUCCCGCAGAUGAGGGUUGUAGAAGGCUAGAGGUUUGCGGGUGUUUUGUGGGUGGGUGAUUUCGGUCUGCCCCCAUU